ACUCGUGUUUUACGAUUUUGAAUUUCAACUCCCAACUAGAGGGGACCAAACUAAAGAUGUGGUUCGGUCUUGCGUUGCUUAUUGGAGGAGCUCAUGCCCUGGUACGAAUCGCGUCAGCCAUGGAGGACCCAAACAGUGUGUACUGCGUCAUUAAUCCAUGUGAGCACAAUGGUACGUGCAUCAACAUGCUUCGUCCUGGAAGCGAUCGCUCCCUGUCGUUGUGUCAGGAUGCCUCCUGCUACAAGUUCAUCCUUCAAGAGGCAACUUGGGAAGAGGCUAGCACGGAAUGUACAGCCAUGGGAGCGUCAUUGGUUGCCAUGGAAGCAAAUGGUGAAACUGACCUUCUUGGGGGAUUCAUCAAAGCCAAGUUCCUUCACCAACCCAUCGCACCACAGGAGCAUCACCCGGGCGGUUUCUGGACCAGUGGGAACGACCUCCGGACCGAGUCGACUUGGGAGUGGGGAACGAGCGGGAUGCUCGUCGAGCCGUUGUGGUACCCGUUGGACUACCAGCACCGAAACACCACCAACUGUCUCAUGUUAAACACAGACCGGACAUAUAGUGACUUCAGGCUACUGGAGGCUGACUGUCACAGGAAACUCUACUUCGUCUGUGAGCUUUCUAAGGAUCUACUUUUUGAAGAGAGGACGUUUCAAUGUCUUUGCGAGGAUGGCUAUUCUGGACAGUUCUGCAAUGAAACCUCAGCUCUUCAGCCCCAGACUGAGAUCCUUUGUCGAAAUGAGCCCCUUGAGAUCGACUGUGGCCCGGGUAGGCUGAUCCAGGUUGACACGGCAUUCUUCUAUAGGACCGGGGAAAGUACGGUCUGUGCCGACCCCAAUGUCGUGCUCCCCACCGACAACUGUUUCAUCCCACAAGGCCUAGACAUGUUUCUAAUUGAGAUUGUUAAAAGAUGUGAUGCACAGAGGAGAUGCAGUAUCAACGUAACAGAGGAGAUCGCCGCUUACGACAACUGCCCCUUGCAUAAAUACGCAACCAUCAAGUACAGUUGUGUUAGAGACGCUCACAGUGGAAGCAACGGAGCCUGCGAAACUGAAUCAGCCGAGCUCAGCUGCCAAGGCAUACCCGAGCUUCCGUACCUCCGGGUAACCCUCGCAGCUUACGGACGGCUUCGAGAUGAGCUGAACUGCCAGAAUCCAACCCAUACUCCUGCCACAGUACCACCCUCGACUGACUGCCGUGAGAUCGCCUCGCUGGAUAUCGCCGCCACUAGGUGUAAUGGCUACCAUUCUUGCGCCCUCAACGCUUCAUUUGACAUGUUUGGAGAUCCGUGCACUGGCAUUGCAAAGUAUCUAUACGUCAGCUACCAAUGUCUAUCAAGUUUUGCGGAAGCCACAGCCUCUUACCCGAUGACCUACGGCAUAUACAGACCCGUCUACUGUCCGUCCAAAAACCACUCUGGGAUCUUAUGGAGAAAGACAGAGGAAAACCGAACAGACACCCAGAGCUGUCCUCCCGGUCAGAGUGGUACAGCAACCUGGCUAUGUGUUGGUGAUAUCCACGAUGGGUGGGAUACAUCAGGGCCUAAUAUUACGCAGUGUCAGGCAGCUUGGAUAGCUGAUGUCUAUGAUCAGAUUAAUGAAGGGACUGUGCCUAUUAAUGUCUUGGCAGAAACAGUUCUUAAUAACACAGUGGCCAAUACAGAGCCACUUGAUAGAGAUGUGAUCGAUAGCGUAGCAUUAAUGGAGGAGCUGGUGACGGUACAAGAAGACAAGCUUCAGAUGCUGGAACCAAAGGAGCAAGAAUCAGAGGCUGCAGAGUUUGGCGAGAUUUUGCUAGAUUUUGGCAGCAAUCUUUUAGACUCUUCCAAGCAAAAUACGUGGGACUCCAUAGCGUCAGGAAAUGCGGAUGACACAGCGUCUUCCACAACUUCUACAUCUCCAACUUCUGUGGCUGAGAGUAUGGAGGAUACUGGAUUCUUGGUGGCCAAGUUUAUCACCGAAAAUACCUCCGCACUAAAUUUUGAAUCAACAAAUAUAUUGAUGGUGGUAGAAGCAGUGCCGUACAAAGACGCUGGUAAGAGCAAAAUCCUUCAAGACACCAGGAAGACUGAACCAGGAGAUGGCGUACGUUAUUCAAUCACGUUCCCUACAUCAGCAACACUACCUCAGCCUGGGGUCCCUCAAAACAAAACAGCAUCUACAGAGAUGGUGUUUCUAGUGUAUGAGACGCUUGGAGAGUACCUGACAGACUUGGCACUCAGUGAUGGCAUGGAAGACCAAAUAACAAAGGAACUAAAUGGUACGAGUAAUGAGACAGCAACGCCAGUCUUGAAUUCAGCCGUUGUGUCAGCCUCUGCAAGGAACCAAGACCAAGAUGUCAAGACAUUUCAGGAGGGCGAGGAGGCGGUGCUCAUCAUGAAGCAUACCAAUGCCAGCAUAAAUGGAAAUGUGACUUGCGUCUUCUGGAACUCCUCAAAAAGUCUUGGUAGGUCUGGUGGUGGGGCGUGGUCGGAUGCAGGGUGUCGUCUGGUAUCCAGCAACCAAUCCCAUAGUAUUUGUGCUUGCAGUCAUCUGACUAAUUUUGCCAUACUCAUGGACGUGUCUGGCACCCACGAAAGUAUUUCCGAUCCCCAUAAUAAUAUACUGACAGCUCUGACCUUCAUUGGAUGCUCUGUGUCUAUCGUUUGUCUCGCUAUCUCCAUUUUCGCUUUCACAUUUUUCAGGAACCUAUGGAGUCUUCGAGUGACCAUUCAUCGUAAUUUAUGCAUCAAUCUACUCAUUGCCAAUGCGCUGUUUCUAGUUGGAGUAGAUAAGACACAAAUUAAGGUUCUUUGCUCCAUAAUAGCUGGUCUUCUCCACUAUAGUUUCCUGGCUGCUUUUGUUUGGAUGUCACUGGAGGCAAUCCAAUUCUACGUGAUGCUCGUACACGUCUUUUCUACCCAGUCCAGAUAUUGGCCAUAUUACCUGGCUGGAUAUGGUGUCCCAGCGAUUAUUGUUGGUGUUUCGGCAGGCAUCAACCCAUCGGGCUAUGGUACUGAUAAAUAUUGCUGGUUAUCAACAGAGGACUAUUUCAUCUGGAGUUUUACUGGACCAGUCGCUGCCAUUAUUGUUGCCAACGUGGUAUUGUUGAUUGUAUCUCUUCAUAAGGCAUAUUCCUCUAGGUCUUCAAUCAGUAAGGGCGUGGCUCAGAACAACGACAUCAGGCCUUGGAUUAAAGGAGCCGCUACUCUUUUGUUUCUUCUUGGCAUCACAUGGGGCGUUGGGUUUCUCUUCAUCAAUGGAGAGUCCCUGGUUUUUGCAUACAUCUUCAAUGUUCUCAACUCACUUCAGGGUCUGUUCAUUUUCGUUUUCUAUUGCCUCGGCAAUGAGCGUGUGAAUACAGAAAUGCGGAAGUUCAUCACCCGCCAGAAGUGGCUGCCGAGCAGCAUUCGGGAACGCUACGGCAAGCAUGUCUCCUCUACAAGUACCACGAGCCAGGCAAAGGGAAUUACAGCGAGCAAGCGUCAGAAAUGCCGUAAUGAAAUUUACCACGUAAAUCACAACGCACCUACUACUAAAUUCACCUCCACCCGUGACGAGGGUCACAUGGACACAGACAGUGGAGUCAGCUUCACAAACCCCGUUGUCAAUGUGCAGAUGGUUGACGACGACGUGGUCACCACGGUCACGGACGAUGGGAACAACCUAAACGGCGAGGAGCAGAACGUAGAGAACAACUCGUGGCUUUACAAAGACGAUGGAGCAUCCAAAUUCGCCAUGACAAAUAAAAAUUCUCAAUCAGCGAGUAGCGGUAUGGAGUACCCCGAAGUUGAUUACGAGUAGAAUUUCUUGAGACGGUACAGCAAAUAUUUUUUCAUU